AAUAAAGCAUAGGCCACUCUUACAUUAUCUCUCCAAUAAUAACUAUUACUGUACAUCCAUACCCACCAUAUGCAACGACAAAGAAUAAGGCCUCCUUUUCUCCAAUUUUCUGAAUUCCAAUACUAAAUACAACCCGGCCGUGUUGCUCAGAUCGAGAUCAACUUGCUAGGUAGAAAAUGGGCUCUGAAACGCCAAAACCUCACGUAGUUAUUGUCCCAUUUCCAGCGCAAGGCCAUGUCUCCCCCAUGAUGCAACUAUCCAAGCUCCUCCACUCCAGAGGCUUCCACGUCACCUUCGUCAACACCGAGUUCAACCACAGACGUCUGAUCAGGUCUCGAGGACCGGAGUCGGUCAAGGGACUGACCGACUUCCGCUUCGAGACCAUCCCGGACGGGCUUCCGCCGUCCGACCGGGACGCGACACAGGAGGUGCAGCCGCUGUGCGACUCGACCCGGAAGAACUGUCUUGUUCCGUUUGUGGAGCUGUUGCACAGGCUGAAUUCGACGCCGGGGGUGCCUCCGGUUACGUGCGUGGUUUCCGAUGGGCUUAUGAGCUUUGGUAUUGAAGCAGCCAAAGAGGUUGGAGUUCCAGAGGUUCAGUUCUGGACUGCUUCGGCUUGUUCGUUCAUGGGGUACCUCCAUUUUCGAGAGCUCAUUAAAAGAGGCAUUUUCCCAUUGAAAGAUGAGAACUUCAUGAGCGAUGGUACUCUUGAUACUCCCAUUGAUUGGAUACCGGGCAUGAGGAACAUCCAACUCAAGGACCUCCCGAGCUUUCUGAGAACCACCGACCCCAAUGAUAUCAUGUUUGAUUUCCAGGGAGAGGAAGCACAAAAUUGCUUGAAAUCUCCAGCGAUAAUCUUCAACACCUUUGAUGGAUUCGAACAGGAAGUGUUGGAGGCAAUCUCUUCAAGAUUUCCCAACAUUUACACCAUCGGACCACUUAGCUUGCUGUGCAAGCAAGUGAGUGAUAGCCAAGUCAAUUCACUGAAUUCAAGUCUAUGGAAAGAGGACCCAAAAUGUAUUGAAUGGCUAGACCAAAAGGAGCCUAACUCAGUUGUGUAUGUGAAUUAUGGAAGUGUCACAGUGAUGAGUGGGGAACACUUGAAGGAAUUUGCAUGGGGGCUUGCAAACAGCAACCACCCAUUUUUGUGGGUUGUUAGGCCUGAUGUUGUCAUGGGUGAUUCAGCAAAACUGCCUGAAGAUUUCUUAGAGGAGACCAAGGAUAGAGGAUUGCUAGUGAGUUGGUGCGCUCAAGAACAAGUGCUGGGUCACCCGUCUGUGGGGGCAUUCCUGAUGCACUGUGGGUGGAAUUCCAUGACAGAAGCAGUGUGCGGAGGCAAGCCGGUGAUUUGCUGGCCUUUCUUCGCAGAUCAACAAACGAAUUGUCGAUAUGCAUGCACGCACUGGGGCAUGGGAGUAGAGGUGAACUACGAUGUGAAGCGCGACGAGGUUGAAGCUCUUGUUAGGGAAAUGAUGGAAGGGGAAGGGGGGAAGAAAAUGAGAAGCAAAGCCAAGGAGUGGAAGAAGAAAGCAGAAGAAGCUGUAGACGUUGGGGGAUCAUCUUACAAUAACUUUGAUAGGUUCAUAAAGGAAGCUCUUCUACAUAAAGAGUAAAUCAGAUAAUAAUUGGAGAAGUACUGCUGCAGUCCAAGAAAAAUGCUCCCCUCAAUAACUGCCCGAAAUCCAAUGAGUCCAUCCCUUAAUUGUGAUUUCUGGGCAUUUUUCUCGAUCUGUUUAUCUUGAACCAUAGAGCUUUCCAUACUAUUACUCCAUGUGUCUAUGUAAAAGGAGUUGUAUAUGGUUGAUGCAGCACAAUUGUAAGGAAACACAAAAUUAGCACGAGUUAAAAUCCGUUGAUUCGCGCACGAAUAUCCGAAAUUUAAAUCCCUCUUUAUAC